UCCCUUUCUACUGCCGUAUGUUCUGAGAAGGGAUACCCAUCUGCUGGGCUGCCGAUUUGCCGCUGCAAAUUGCGACUCGGUCCGGAUUGGUCACGGGGCGACGCGGGCUUCUUGCUGGCUGCCGGGCCGAUUCGGGCUAUGUCGGCCGCGGCAUUGGAACAGGCGUUACUGGGCGCAGUCCCUACAGCCAUCCCUCCACGGCCGCUGCUGCUCCUGGGGCCCGCUAGCUCAGGCCGCUCGGCUCUGCUGUUCCGCGCGGCUCUGGUGGCCGCAGCUGCAUCUCCGACUCGCGUGCUGUUCCUGGCGCCGCGGCCUCUGGAGCGCCUGCCUGGAGGGGGCGCGACUGCAACGGGAGCGAUCCAGAGAAUCCACUUCUUGUACCCACCGUCCUUCCGGGAGCUGUUUCAACUAGUGGCCUCGUUGCAUGAAAACGUGUCCGGCACCCCAUCCCUGAUAGUGCUGGAUGGUUUGGAGGAAUACUUGGGCAGGUGCCCUGGUCCCCAUAGGGCAGCUCAACUUGUGGCAUUGCUGCUGGACACUGCCAAUCAUUUCAGCCAGAAGCCCAGCGUUGAACCUGCAGGCUGCCAGCUCAUUGUUUCCAUGAGGCUCCCUGAGGAAGCUGGGGAGGAAACUGAGCAACUCUCGGCAAUUGAGCGCUACUUCCCAGCCCGGUGCUGGCUGCACCCGGAGGCAGGAGAGAGCAGUAGCUCAGAUAGCCUAGGCUUCCCCAAGCUGGUUAGAGCACAUCUCUCCCAGCCAGGGACUAAGGAUCAAGAAUGGUUGGUGAGAUUUGAUCCACAAGGUGACAUGAGGACUUCUUUGCUUCCAGGCCAAUGUGAAAGUGAUCGUGGCAUCGCUUCAGGAAACCACCCCAUGGUGCCUGGUACCCACUCCCAGACCUCUGGUGGGCCUUAGGCUGGAUGAUUUUUCUGCUCAUGUUCUUGAGUACCUCUGGACAGGGUGGUUGUUGUUUUUUUAAAACCUACAGCAAACAUUCCCUUCCUGAAUGAUUAACAGCAUUUUUCAAAUUUUCUUCCCUCUCCAGCCUGCAAGUUUGGGUUGGUUUUCAUUUUGGUUGGGCUGACAAGCUGCUUGCCUUGAUGAAGGAGCAGAUUCUGGAGUUGGAAUGUAGAAUCUCUGAAGAGUCUCAUAAUCAUUUUGCUUGCACUGAAGCUCUAGCUGCAAAUGUAGAGCACCCCUUUCUUGCUGUGCUGGUUGCUGAGAAAGGGCUGGAAUCGUUGCUUCAGGGUAUGUUCGCAAGGCCCAGGAAGCAGGACAUAAAGAGAAUGCAUCCCACGCCAGCUUUUUAACUUCAUUUAAAAAGAAACUAGUCAUGAUGAGAACAGGGUGGCACAGCUUUGGCCCUCCAGCAGUUUUUGGACUACAACUCCCAUGUUCCCCAGCCACACUGGCCAAUAGUCAGGUCUGAUGGGAGUUGUAGUCAACAUUUGCAGGAGGAUUGAAGUUGUGCAGCCCUAGAAUGAUUUUUGGAACACGAGCUGGGCUAAGCUUGCAGUGGGGGCAGAGCAGAAUGUCAGUGGCACAAGAACCUCUUUGGCCUUUCCCACUGUCUUAUCUCCAUUGGAUAAAGAGGCAAGUCUACCCCCUCCUCCCCCCUGACAUUGCCAGUUGUGCCUUAUCCAUUAUCUUGACUGCCAGUGCUGGGGUGGGUGGGGAUCUCUUCACAGCAAAAAAAGGGGCCGUGGUAUGGUUUGUUUUUUCACAAAUUUUGGGGUUGUUUUCUUUUGCUUCCUAUGUACAGGGUUAGCCCAAGGCCGCUGGUGCCUUGAAGUGAAAAAUACAGAUGGCCGCAUCCAUUGUUCCCUCUAA